AUGUCGUUCGACGCCAACAACCUCAGCAAGACCGACUCGAGGGCUUCCAGCACCCGCUCCUCCUUCUUCAAUCGCGCCUCCGGGUUCGUCAUGGGCACUGGCUCCCGACGCAACCCGCAAGCCACCCACUCUCAGCCUGCCUCCUCCACCUCGAGUCCCGCAAUGCCUUCCAGCGCCACCAUGGCCGGCUACAGCGAGCCCGAACCCAACACUGCCCAAGGUCCACGCAAGUUCGACCAUAUCUUUGCUGCACCCGAUCCGAGUGUCAAGCUCUCCCCUCCUGCUGCGCUCUCGGAAUCGCAACAGGACAAGUACGAUCAGAUGCUCCAGCAUUUCACCUCGAUCAAGGAGUUCCCCACCAGCCUCAAGGCCAACUCGCCCAAAAAGCCGCUCGACGACUGGGAAAAGAUGCGCAACCUCUCGCGUGAGUCGAUGAUUCGCUACCUCCGCGCCACCAAGUGGGACGUUGCAUCUGCCAAGAAGCGUCUCACCGAUACCAUUGCAUGGAGGCGCGAGUACGGCGUCGACAGCCUCAAGGCGGAAGAUCUCGAACCCGAAGCCAUGACGGGCAAGGAGACCAUCCUAGGUUACGAUAACAAGGGUCGUCCGCUCCACUACAUGCACCCUUCGCGCAACACCACCGAAGAGACUCCCCGCCAGAUGCAGUUUGCCGUGUGGAUCUUGGAACGUGCUAUCGACCUCAUGCCUCCUGGAGUCGAGAUGCUUGCUCUCCUCAUCAACUUUGGCGGCAAGAAGCGCAACCCCACCUCGAUCAGCAACGCGAAGCUCAUGCUCUAUAUCCUGCAGAACCACUACGUCGAGCGACUGGGUAUCGCCCUCUGUAUCAAUGUGCCUUGGAUCUUCAAGGCAUUCUGGAACGCCAUCUACCCCUUCAUCGACCCAGUGACCAAGGGCAAAUGCAAAUUUGACGAAGCCAUCAAGGAUGAAGUUCCUAAUGGGCAGCUGGCGUCCGACUUUGGCGGUCUGCUGGACUUCCCCUACGAGCACGAAAAGUACUGGCCCCAGCUGGUGGAGCUGACCAACAAGAGGAGAGAGGAGCAGUUGGAGAGGUUCAGGACCCUGUGUGGGGCCGAGAUCGGGGCUAGCGAGUGGGUAAUCAGGGGCGGUGAUGAAACAAGUCGUUCCACAGCGCCCAAGAAGCAAGAUUCGGGCUUCCAUGAGGUCGACGCUGUGGCACUGGCCCAAGCUGGUCCUACCAAGGCUGAUAACUCGACACCGCAAUACGAAGCAGCGGGCGGAGACGACGGCCAGAUGGAGCGAUUCUACACGUCGCAGACAGAGCUUCCACCUCAGUUGGAAGAGUCCGACUCGGAAGACACGACCGUGGUCAACGACGACACGCACAGCAACAACGCCGCCUCGACGGAGAAGAAGAAACACGCCCAGAAGCAUGGCGAUGCAAGCCUCUUCGCCGCUGUUGUCGGUGGCAUCUCUGCUGGAUUGGUCGGCGGAGAAGCUGCAUCUGACGCAGCCAAGGAAGCAAGCAAGAGCGCAGGCGACGAGAGCGAGAGGCACAAGCAUCACCACUUGAGCCACAUCAAGGCCGUGUUUGGGAGAAAGAGUGGCGAGGGAAAAGCUGUUCAUGCGACGUAG